UUGUAGCGAAUGUCUUCCGCGCAGUGUAGUGUGCUUUCUCCCAUAGUGACACGAGUGUAGUCUUGUUAACACUUCCUGGAUGUUCAGUAACCGCUUUGUCUUGGGAAGCAUAAACAUUUCAAGCUCUGAAUAACAGAGGGUUUUCUGCUAUUUAGCUUCGUUUACUUUCCCAACAGCUGCUUCUGGAGGAAACACCCUUUUAACUUCUUAGAAAAGUGUUAACGAUUGCUUGGAGAUGAACGGAGACUGCGUGGACGCGCGGCGCGAGGACAAAACAGAUGCUGGUAAGGAUGAGCCAUCAGGACAGCAGGCCAUGCAAGUGGAUGCAAAGCCUCAGUCGCACCCCUUCAGAUACAGCCUGGACUACCCUAACAUUGGUUAUUGUGUCAUCAUCAACAACAAGAACUUCGACCGCAGGACGGGCAUGAACCAACGCAACGGCACAGACGUAGAUGCAGGAAACGUGAUGAACGUGUUUCGAAAGCUUGGAUACAAUGUGAAAAUCUACAAUGACCAGACAGUUCAGCAGAUUUUACAGGUUUUAACCUCAGUUGCCAGGGACAACCACAGUCGCUGUGCUUCGUUUGUGUGUGUGUUGUUGAGUCACGGAGAUGAUGGUGUGUUUUUUGGUACGGAUGGUCACGUGGCUAUCAAGGACUUAACAAGCCUUUUCAGAGGGGACCGAUGCCCAACACUAGUGGGGAAGCCCAAACUUUUCUUCAUACAGGCUUGUAGAGGUACAGAGCUGGAUCCUGGUAUAGAGACAGACGGCCCAGGUGAUUCUGUGAGGAUCCCUGUUGAGGCCGACUUCCUGUAUGCCUAUUCGACAGCACCAGGUUAUUACUCCUGGAGAAACACAAUGACCGGCUCAUGGUUCAUUCAGUCUCUAUGUGAAAUGAUUGCAAAAUAUGGCAAAGAACUUGAGCUCAUGCAUAUCAUGACCAGGGUCAACUGUAAGGUAGCGCUCGACUUUGAGUCGACCUCCAACACUCCCGGCUUUGACGCCAAGAAACAGAUGCCCUGCAUUGUCUCAAUGCUCACCAAAGAGAUGUACUUCAGCCCUUGAGGAUUAAAGCUUGAGAGCACUUGGGAGGUUUUAUCCAGAUUUCCUGUGUGCGUAUCACAUCGGAUGUGUCGGAUAGAAAUCACUUUUUAGAAGCACUUGCUUAGUAGCAUUUGCCAAAUACUUAUAGUUUGGCAUUUCAGCAUUCUCAGGACUGUUGUUGUGUUGUGUAUGUUAGGUGUAAUUGCAAAGUUUGGUCUGUAUGUGUAAUAUAGGUGCUAAGUUUGUGGUUGUGUGACCUUAUAACAUUUCACUUGUUUGUGCCUCAAGUUUUCUAAUGACAAUGUCUAAAGAUGCAAUCAACUGAGGCAUUUUGGGAUUUAUAGAAUUACAGCAAUCAGGGACUUUAAUAAACUUUACUAUAAUCCAGCACUAAUUCUAGUGUUGGGAAAAGGGAAACAAUCACAGGGCAUUGAUCAGGCAGUAAGCUUGAAGGCUCAUCUGUUAAAAAUUACAAUCAAAAAUAUUCACAGGUGCCUCUUAUUAAACCACAAUAACGUUUUUUAUAACACUCCUGGUCUUUGCCGAGGCACAAUACACACAUUAUUUAAAAUAUAAUUUCUAACAUGACAUUAAUGCAUGACCAGAUAAGCUUGUGCUUUAAGUAUUGAUAUGUACAGAAAUGCAUGUACAGUUAUUGCCUCGUAGAGCUUUGUUGCAUAAGUGCAUAACUUUUACAAACUAAGGAAUGAGCGCAGCAUCUUUAUACUCACAAAUAGUAGCCUACCUUAUUUUCCAGUAAUGGUCUUUUAAGACCUCGUUGAAUGUGUACUUCUACGUUCAUGCUGUGAGGUGCAUACAAGUUCCGGUCAUACUUGCAUGUUUAUUAUUUAAUCAUAUUUGUUAUGCAUAAACACAUCCUUUGUGUAUGUACGAACUAGACCAUUUCAAUGUAAUAAACAACUUUGCAGUGCA